AUGGAAACGUUAGAAGUUCAUUCUAAAGAUUUUUUAGUUAAAUGGGUGUAUGCUCCCGAUAAUAGUAUUAUUGACUGGCAGGUCAAACCAUUGAAGAAGUCGAUUAAUUUUGCGAUUUACCGUAAAAAUGAAUUGUCGGAAGGUACGAAGGAAGGAUCUGAAAAUCCAAUUCCUCGGUCAACAUCAUCUUUUACUAAGGAUGAUGUUUUGAAUGGGAGUGUGGAUAGUUUAGGAAGUAACAUUUCGUCGGUCAACUUGGCCAAUUCCAAUGUGUACAAGACACGGUCACGGUCAAAUACAUUUACUAAUAAUUUGAAUCACUCUGACUUGACUUUGGUGAAAGACUAUAAGAAAUUGAUUUCUGAUGAGUUGGUUCAUGGGAAGUACGAAAUCGAGAAGGGGGGUGUUUUUGCAUUUAUAUUUGAUAACUCGUUUUCCAAGACUAUUCUGAAGAAGAUCUUAUUCACUUCGAAAAUCUUGUUUGCUAGUCCUGACAAAAAUAGUAUUUAUAGACGCAAGCUGACUAUUCAAAGGAAAUCCAGUACUGAGUUGAGACUUCGCAAUGGUGAGAGUGCUGGAGGCCAAGACUUGCAAGUCCCAACACCCAAUAGCUCCAAGGCCAACAACGAAGAAUUAUUACAGUCUGUGCUAUUGAAAAAGAGAAGAAAGAAGCUUCAAGGGUUUGUGAAGAGGUUUUUCAUACUUAAUUUUCAUCAUGGCACAUUAUCGUACUUCAGAGUGAACGAUAACAAAUUGAGGGGACAAAUGCCAAUAAAGCAGUCUAUAGUUAGCGCAAACGCAAAAAAGAGAGAAAUUAUCAUUGAUUCAGGAAUGGAAGCUUGGUGUUUAAAAACUGUCAAUGCGCAAGACUUUAAUUUGUGGGUCGAAGCUUUCAAUGAAGUUAAGAAAUCACAGUAUGCUUGCGAAAGGGAUGUUCAAGAAAAGACUCCCGUUAAGUCUGACAGUGCUUCUGUGAUACGUGAUUUAGAAACGAUUUCUCAGAAGCUAAACACCUUAAAAUUUAAGAAUGAUGCGUCAUCAGAAUCAUUGAUUUUGAAUAUCCUGGGAAUUUCAGACGACGUAGAACAUGUACUUGAUAAAUUGAAGUCUGCUAUAUCAACUAAUGGAGUCGCAAGAGGAUCUGCGGGUGAUGUACAUUCAGUCUUUUCUUCUAAUGAAUUUUACGAUGCCAAAGAGUACAUCGAUGCAAUGAAUUCUGGUGUAGUGUUAUUGGAUAAGCCAAAUACAAAGCAAUCACUUAACACAUACUCAGAUGAAAGUGCUGAUGAGUAUGAAGAUCAAGAAUCACUUUCUUCGUCUUCCUCUUCCUCUGGGUCAAAUGAUGAUGAUGAUGAUGAUUAUCUUGAAACAACCGUUAUUAACAACUCAAUAGCAGAGCCUACUUCGAAUGACAAUGAUGAUAAUUUGUAUCCUUUACCGCAUGAUCCAGUUGAACGCGAUUAUGAUAUCCCUGUUUGCGAGCACCAUCCACCUAGUAUAUUAGGAUUUGUAAGAAAGAAUGUUGGGAAAGAUUUGUCCACACUUCGUAUGCCUGUUGACAUCAAUGAGCCAAUUUCUAUUUUACAGAAGUAUGCGGAAAUAUUUGAAUAUAGUGAAUUGAUUGAUAAUGCGUUGCAGGUAACUCGUGAAGAUGAUACUGGUGAAAGGAUACUAAGGAUCGCAGCUUUUGCAGUAAGUUUUCUUUCUCCCAUGAGGGUUAAGGAAAGAAAUGCACGUAAGCCAUUCAAUCCAUUAUUAGGGGAAACAUAUGAAUUGGUCCGCGAAGACCAUGGCAUACGAUUGAUAAGUGAAAAAGUUAGCCAUAGGCCGCCAGUUUUUGCAAUGUUUGCUGAAUCAAAAGAUUGGACCUUCUCAUUUAGUCCUGCUCCAAAUCAAAAGUUCUGGGGUAAAAACUUUGAAGUUUUUACAAAUGGUAUAUGCAAAUUAACGAUCAGAUCUACUGGUGAAUUAUUCACAUGGAACCAACCAAUAACUUUAUUGAAAAAUAUUAUCGCCGGUGAAAAAUAUUCAGAGCCGUCUUCAGAAAUUAUUGUAAAAUCUUCAACCGGAUUCAAAGCAAUUGUUGAAUUUGCUAAAAGUGGUAUGUUUAGUGGAAGAUCCGAAGACUUAACUAUUAAAUCAAUUGGUCCAAAUAAAAAAAAUUUGCCAUAUUCAGUUACCGGUAAAUGGACUGAAUCAUUGACUUUGAAAACCAAUACUACAGAAAAAUUAAUUUGGACCGUUGGAGAAUUGUUACCCAACUACACCAAGAAAUAUGGUUUUACUAAAUAUGCUGGUUCGUUGAAUAAAAUCACAGAUAUUGAACGUGGUAACUUGCCACCAACAGAUACAAGAUUGAGACCAGAUAUCUUGGUAUAUAGAAGUGGUGAUGUACCUAAGGCUGAGGUGCUUAAGGUUAGUAUUGAAGACAUGCAAAGAGAAAAGAGAAAGGAAUUAGAUAUUAGUGGGGGAAUUUAUAAGCCCAAAUUUUUCACGCAGGUUGGUGGUGAUGAAAAGUCUCCAGACACUGGUGAAUGGGUUUAUAUCACCGGUGAAAAAAGUUAUUGGAAUAGAAGAGAAAAUAACGACUGGGAAGACUUACCUAGUUUAUGGUGA